CAUAAACAAAAAGGAUUGAUUUGUUGAAAAAUUGAGAUUACCUUUAUUGCUUGUAUAAUUAAUUGUGUUUAAUGUGUGUCUUUAAUAAAGAUCCAGAAUGAUUAAGAAAUCUGUGAUAAUUUUUCUGGGGACAGUUUUUUGUGUAUCAGCCUAUGAAAUUAUGCUUAAAAAUGAUGGCCCAAUAGUUAAAGGUGGAACAAUAAGAUUUAUGGUCAUGGUCUAUGAUAAUAACGUUCCAUCAACAGAUGAAAUGAGAUUUGAAUGGAGUGAUGACGCAAUACCUCAUCAUACAAGAAAGUCUGAAUUUGUUAAAAACGGCACAGACUCUUGGAAAGUUACAUAUGAUGCAAAUGUCAAUCCAGCAGGACCUUACAUAGUUCAAGUAGUUAUAAUAAAAUGCAACUGGAUACGAUAUUGUUAUGAAGCUGGAUCAGCUAGAAGUCAAUUUGAUAUAACCACAAAUUUAAAUGGAAAACUAUUGGUUAAACAAAAAAACGAAACUUUAUCCAAUAAUUUCGUCUCUACAAAAAACGAAGUUACAUUUCAUACUAAAAUAAAGAACAGCGAUAUGGAGUUUAUAAAAACGGCACCAUUAUUGAACACCUAUUGGUUUGUCGACUGCACUUAUUAUGGAAUCACGAAUGAUUUGAGCUUUGCAUCAAAUUUUACAUCGCCUGAUAAGGAUCAUCUAGUGGAGGCAUUAGUGGUGGCUGAUUUUAAACCUCCUGUGCCGUCUACUACUACUACCACCACAACUACUACAACCACUCCUAAACCAACUACUACAACCACUCCUAAACCAACUACUAGCACCAAACCAACAACUACAACUUAUCCAACCACUAGCACUAUACCAACCACUAGCACUACAACUAUGUCAACAACAACUACCGCUAAAACUCCGUCAACAACCACCAAUAAACCAAGCUCUACAACUCCUCCAACUACUACAACAAAAGUAAUAAAAAGACAUGCUGAACCUAAUCAUUUUGAAAGAUUUAAUACUAAAGUAUGGAAUAAUGGUAGUUUAACACCUUACAAUGUCAGUUUUCCAUACAUAUGCAACAGUUCUUAUAUACCAACAGACCCGGAUAAAGUUUAUGGGUACUUUUUCAAGAAGUUCAAGACAAGAGAUCCUCUAUCAAACAUUAACGUCACUGGCAAUAACUGGAUACAGCCGGGUAAUAUGUUAUCGUUGAGGGUACAUUGUAACGGGUCGAAAAGUUUCAAAUAUUGCGUGGAAUAUAAGAAAGGAGAGUACAACGUUACCGGUAACGAAACUUGCGAAAUCUUCCAGCAAGCCGAUACGUGUGACUUUGAAGUUAGGAGAUUCUUAUCUUACCCUAAAAGUACAGUGAUCAUUAUAAUCGAGAACGAUAUUAGUAAACAAGUAACGCCCGUUACUGUCAACAUUUAUAAAGUUAAAAAGGAAGGUCAAUUGUCUGUGAUAGUGGUUCCAGUAGCAUUUAGCUUGGUUGCUGUCGUAUUAAUAGUAUUCGGAGUUGCCUAUUAUUUCCAAAAUCGAAGCAGAUUUAUAAUAGAAGUAGCAGACUUCAAUUUCGGCCAACAGUACACCGACAUGGAGUACAAAACUUUCCGUGAAAGACUUAGAGACUCUGUGACAAACGCGUUUACUCGCACCCCCACUUCGGGCUCGUCCGAAGCGCAUGCGUGGCCUCUCGGUAGGAAAUAUGGAAGUAUGACAUGAUAUAUGACUGAAGCACAAUCGACUCUAUGGGAAGAUGCCAAUGUAGCUGCUAUUGAAUACCAAAAUUUCUGGCUUCAAAUAUCUUAAAGCGCAUCUAGACAUAUCACGGACUAAAACGUAGUUUUAUCUCCGUUUACCCAUGAGUUUUGUAUGUUAAUUUUUUUAAUUUGUUAUGCUCUACAUUUUAUUUUUAUUAUAUUUAUAAUAUACAAGGUAUAUUCUACAAAUAGUGGAUUGUUCUCUGCAAAUAGGUCAAUUUGAAGGUAGAAAAUAGUUUCUAUUCUGAUUUAAUCAAUAAAUAGGAUAUUAAUAUAUUAAAUUUUAAAAAGUAUUCUUAUAUAUAUUUCGCUAAAUCGGGUUGAUAUAAACAUAGGUAUAUAUUUUUUUAUAUCAAACCCUGCUAUCACAUUUUUUUUGUAAAUUAUACUUACGUGCCAAAAAUGUUUUAAAAGUUCUCUGUCUUUGUUUUUAAAUUAAUUACUUGUACUUUCUGGCAUCUAUGGAAACUAAAAUCUUUAUCGACAUCCACCAAGGAAAACCUGUAUUACUGUUCUUUUUUAUACCUGAAAUACUAUGUGAAUUACUUUCAGGGCACCAUCUCUCUUUUCCGCUCUUUUUUACACAUAUUCCACUUUUAUGUAAAAAUUCCUGGAAAAAUAUGAUAAAUGGGCAAAGAUGUCAAUUUUUCAUAUAUCGGCAAAAAUUCGGAAAAGAUCCACAUGUACAGCUUAAACCAAAAAUCAAAACUAGGCAGUAAAUAGUAGCUGAAAGUUUGAAGCUUUUUAAAAAAAACAAAACUAGAAAAAAUCACACAUUGCUUUUGGAACGUAAACGUUAAUUUUAGAGAUUAGCUUCAAGUCAACUUAUUGACAGAGAAACAUUCAGAGAUUGUUAAUUUUGAGACAAAAAUGAUUUAUAUUAAUAAGAGUAUUCUGGUUUAUGUAAAAAUACAUGCGACAUAUUUUGCAUAACCAAGAGGCUUCGAAUUAGCUAACAUUAUCCU